GUAAAGAGAUUAAAGAAUCAAAACAACAUACCGCUUACGAUCUGGUCAACAAACCGGAACAAAGAUCCGAAAUAAUCAGAGACACAACACCGAUCUCUCCUUUGCUCUAAGGGAUGGAGAAAAGAGGGGAAGCAGAAGAGUAUCAUUCAAAAGAUUUCGAAUGGGAGUUUUUGAAGAAUUUGGUAGAGAAUGAUCCUUCUCUCUCCUAUCAUACACAAGAAGUAGAUUCCUCCUCCUUCUCCUCCUCUGAUUCGAAGCCAUGGCAAGAUUUCCACUCCCGUCACUCCUCCGGCAAGUUCUUCAAGGAAAGAAGGUAUUUGUUGAAGGAAUUUCCUGAGUUAGUUCUAUGCGGCGAAAACUCUAAACUCUUAGAAGUCGGUUGUGGUAAUGGCAGUACUGUCCUUCCAGUUUUACGAGGAAGCAAGAACGUUACCGUAUACGCUUGCGAUUGUAGCAGUGAGGCUCUCGUUAGGACUAAAGAGAACAUUGAUCGCGCUACUAUUGGUGCUACAAAAGUUGAUAACUUCCAUUCUUUCUCUUGUGACUUUUCAACGUCUGCAUUCCCAAAUUGGGUGGCGUGCCAUCAUUGUCGACACAACCAACAUUGCUACUACCAUUCAGGAGAGAGUGGUGAUACUUCUUUGAAUGAGCAUUGCAUCGGUGGGGUGGAUUUUGUCACUCUGAUUUUCACAUUGUCGGCAGUGCCUAAAGAAAGGAUGCCGAGAGCUAUUAAAGAAUGCUUUUCUGUGCUGAAACCUGGUGGUCUGCUCUUGUUCAGAGAUUACGGCUUAUAUGACAUGACUAUGCUUCGGUUUGAGCCAGAGAAAUGUAUUGGGUUUAGGGAAUACGUUCGUUCAGAUGGAACCCUUUCCUAUUUCUUUUGUCUCGACACUGUUAAGACACUAUUUACAGAUGCCGGAUUCAUCGAGGUCGAGCUUGAAAAUUGUUGUGUCAAAGCAGUAAAUCGGAGAAAGAAUAAGAACAUGUACAGAGUUUGGGUUCACGGGAAGUUCCAAAAGCCUUUUCUAAAAUAAAUCAAUGCGGAAUAGCUAAAAGUUUUGCGACUGUUCUUGCAUGCAGCUUUUAAGCUGUUGGUGUUUCUCCAAAUCUUUUCUAGCUUUGUUUUUUUCUUUCAGUAUUAUGGUUUUAGUUUCACUGUUAUUGUGUGUUUCAAAAAAUGUUCCAUUGUUAUAGUUUUCGAUGUUUUCUACUUUGUAUUCUGUUAAAGGUAAUAUAGUUGCGUAACACU